CGCGAAUCAUUUGAUUUGAUGAAAAUCACGCCCAUUUUUCAAGAAACGAAACUUUCGUUUCGAGAUGUAACGUUAGCUCUCUAGCUCUUUUGCUCAGCAGCUACUUUCAUUGUGUGCGGAGCAUAUGAAACAUGCUCUUAAUCUGUGACUGAGGGUCAAAUACACUAUGACAUUCCACGGUGACAUGUGUGCUGAUCUUUGAAAACGCACUCCUGCACUAGACUUUACCAGAGAAUGAAGUGUCCUCAGUGCAAUCAUGUGUCUUUGGAAAAGGCACCAAACUUCUGCAGUCGGUGUGGCUGUAAGCUGAUGUCUCAGUCAAAUGAGACGGCAGCAGAAAAGCCACAAGACGAGUCUCAAACAUCCUCAAACAUUCCACACAGUACCGAUGCAGAAAUGACUGAUAUUGGUCGUGAAUCAGAAGCUUUGAAUUACCAGAUUGCCGGUGUAUCUUCAAAACGACCAAAUGAAGAUAUAAACCCUAACCCAAAGAAAAAGAAAAGAAAGAAAAAGAAGAAAAAAGCAGGUGUUGCAGAGGGGCCUUUGUCUCUGACCUCUGAUCUCUCUGAUAUAUCGCUGAAUGAUAAAGAGAAGAAAAUGGAGAAAGACCAAUCUUUUGAGAGUGAUGGCUCCUACUGCUCUGUAGAUGAUAUGCCUAAACCAGCUGAAUCAUCCUCUCAUCUGAGCCCACCAGAGAAUGAAUCCACUAGGGCAACACAACUCAGCACAACUUUACCCCAUGCUGGUGUAGAUCAGUCUGUUGAGCAGUCAAAUAGUGGCAAGGAGAGUUGUGUAGCACCUGGAAUGUUAAAAUCAUCCAAGUUAAAUUUGACCCAAGAGCCAAUCAGCACCAGCUCUGCCAAUGAUUCUCCAGCAGUGUCAGUGGGAGCAGAUCAGACAGCUGAAAAAAACAAAAUUAAAUCUAAGAAUAAGGGUCAAAAGAGCAUGUCCACAAGAGCACAGACAACUCUAGAUCAGAGUGCUACUAUGGACCAGAAUGCAAACAUAAAAAGCAGCACAGGCAAUCAAAAGGAAACAGAUCAUCAGGGCAUGGAACCACUGAAGAAUUACAGUUCCAGUGGAGAUUCAAUGAUGAAGGUUGAGCACAGUGAGAAGCAGCAGUCUGCUCAUGCUAACCAGAUGAAUCCAGAAUCCAAAAAAGUAAAUGAAAGCGGCAAUACAGAAACCAAUAAGGACAACCAAAAAAAAAAUCAGAAUGAGGAACCACAGAAAUCAUCACAGGACAUGGUGUUUGGCCCACAGAGUAAUUUAAAGAAGAAUCACAGUUCCAGUGGAGAUUCAAAGUUAAAGGAUGAGCACAGUGAGAAGCAGCAGUCUGCUCAUGCUAACCACAUGAAUCCAGAAUCCAAAAAAGUCAAUGAAGGCGGCGAUACAGAAACCAAUAAGGACAACCCAAAAAAAAAUAAGAAUGAGGAACCACAGAAAUCAUCACAGGAUAUGGUGUUUGACCCACAGAGUAAAUUAAAGAAGAAUCAGGGUUCCAGCAGAGAUGCAGCAGUGAAGGCUGUGCACAAUAAGAAGCAGCACUCUUCACAUGAAAAGAAAGAUUCUGCUGCUGACCAGAAACACAAUAAAAAUGACAAUACAAAAAGUCAGUGUGACGUGCCACCAAAAAGGAAUCCAGCAUCAGCUCAACAUAUAAGUUCCAGUGACAGACUGACAAUUUACUUUCAUGCAGUCUUGUCAAAAGACUUCAAAUUUAACCUAGAAGAAGAUCUUAUCUUCAUAAGGGCCGGUGGUUGCCUUGGUGACUGGGAAAAUAAUUUGGUCAAGCUGUCUGUGUCACGGGAUCUCGGUGAGCAUGGAUUUCUUAUCGAGGGGAAAUUUGUAUGCAAGAAGACCAGUGCAGAAGCUGUGUCCAUACCAUACAAGUAUGUUGUAUAUAAAGCAAAAAAGCAGAAGUAUGAGUAUGAAUACAUCUACAAACUGGAUUCAAAUGAAACCACCAACAGAUGUUUAUUUGUCAAACCACGUCUCCUAAAUGAUGAAGGAGAAUGGCAUCAGUAUGACGAUAUCAUCUGUGUAGAACCUUCUAAGAAUAUGUUGAAACGGCUCAAAGAUGCUUUUUGGCCUGAUCAGAGGAAAGAUGUAAUUCAGGGGAGAGAAAUCGCUGGUAUAGUCAUGCUGGAAACAAUUUUUGACCUCCUGAGAAACUGGGGCAAAAUUAACCUCUACAGCUUCUUUAGUCAGCUGCGACAGUUUUAUGAAGUUUAUGGAAACCCUUUUGUAUUUGAAAAGACAGAAAUGAAGUGGUACUCACUCAAUUACGAUGAAAAAGAUGUGAGCAAGCUUCUGAAGCAGUUCAUGCUUCAGCAGGUGACUCCAGAGUUACAGAAAGACAGCAAAGAAAGGAGUACUUUCAUCAAGGAGCCACUGAAGGCUGCUCUUAUUAUGCUCUAUGUGUGGAAACAGUAUCAUCUAGAAUUAGACAACGGGAUUCUUUCUCGUCUCUGCACUGCCCUUUGCCUGCCGAAAUUACCUAAGGAUGAGUUCCUGUCUUUCUGGGCUGACAUAAUGGAAUCAUUCUCAGUGAUAAAAAACUUGUCUGAGAUGGUGGAGGCACUGAUCCUCAGAGUGAGAGCUGCCAACAUGAUUAGAUGGAUCAUCGUAAUUCCACUACUGCAUCUUUUCAAAGGCACCUCAAAACCAUUUGAGCCAGUGUUUAUUAAGGUCAACCUACAAUUUGAGCAGAACUGGGCUGGACUGCAGGGACUCAAAUCAGCUAAUAUAACUUCCCCCGGAAGCCAAGAUAGAAGGGCGAUGUUGAAUCUCAUGGAAACACAUGGACAUUUGGUGGAGGUGGACAAACUGCUGGCCAGAUCUUGGAUGUAUCUGAUGACUGUAGAUGAGUUGGUCAAGUGCAGCUCCAUCAUCCAUGCAGAACUCUUGGACAUCCUGCAGCUUUUCACCAUGAAAUGUCCCGAUGAUAUAUGCUACAGCACUUCCACCAGUGUAGCGGAUACUCUGGCAUACAUUCAAAGUAACUUGCUCGAACAACGAUACAGUUGUCCCAGUGAGGAUUAUGGCAUUCAGUGUGUACAAGCAACAUGUAAACUUCUAGAGAAGAUCUGCAAAAGAAUUCAUUACUACAGUCAUGCACAAAAUUUCACUGAUAUUCCUGUUGCUUGCAUGAACCUAGUGGCCUCCGUGUCAGGAUUUGCCCAGGCGAGACAACAAGCUGACACUUUUCCUGAGAAGACUCUUGUGUUACUCAAUGAGGCCAAGAAAUCUGUGAGGACAUGGAUCAGACAAACUUUCAAAGGCAGACUUUUAGACAGUAGCUAUAUGUCGGCUGUCAGCUUCACAAAAGAGAUUGAGGAAGAUCAUCUCGAUCAAAUUGAGGUUUAUUGCUCAAAGAUUGGGAAACUUAAUGGCUGCCAGCCUUAUUUGGUGGAUAGUGUAGAGAAGUGUGCUCUCCAGGCUGUUACCACAAUAUGCCAGACUAAAUCUGAGGGAAAACUUUUUGAGAGAUUCAAUAAAUUGCGGAUUAACUGGAAAUUUGGAAAGCUUGUAUCUACCAUCAUCCUAAAGUCCUGGCCAAAAGAUGACACGGGAACCUAUCUGCAGGAAGAAGAAGUUGUUCUCAAACAUCUUCUGGGCUGGACUGCAGCUAAGAAUAUCUUUCAGCUUCAUGGUGCUGAUGAAAAACUGAUCGAUCAGCUUACUAACGAGGCUAAAGAGAAAUUUGCCAUGGCAACCUCAUUAUUCGCAAACAUUUUAAAUCAAGUCAUAACAGGAAAAAUAACGAUAAAGCUACUCAAUCACAUACUGCAAAAGAGGAGUGCUUUCUUUGAGCUGCUUAAUUUAGACUGUUUUUGUGAAAAUGAACAAUACAAGGACACCAUUGCCACGAGGAGACUUCUUCAGUCUAGACAAGAGGAGGUGAAGGCUAUUGGUCAUGAGAGAGCAUUGGUAAAUGCUCUCAUAACAAUGUGCCGCAAUCUGCAAGAGCAUGUGAUGGUUGAUUUUGAAGGGUUGGAAGAAAAGCAGAAAAUUUACAUUGAUGAGAUGUACCUGGACGAGUUUAUGGAAGUUCAUUCAUUAAAUCAGAUCCCCUCUGAAAUGUCGGGAGUAGUCACCUACUUUGACCUUGAAGAUGAUGUUCGAUCAAUGGCAGAGGUUCUAAACAGCUAUAAAGACAGCUACAUUUUCAAAACGUGUUGGGUGAAACAGACAACUUUGUUUGUAGAGAAUGCUAAAGAUGAUGGAAUUAUUCCUUCAGAGGAGGAAUUGGUUAUCACACUCGAAGAUCUUUAUAGUGAAAUAUUUGAACCAUGUUAUGAUGCCUACAAAAACAUAUACACAAGGCUUAAAGAUGGUAGCAUAACGUUUGAAGAAGUUGAUGUAACAUUCAAAGCCUACCAGGGAAAAUAUGAUGAACUGGAAGUAGAAGUUGCAAUUAUAUGCAAACUGAAUCGCAAUGAUGACCAACGCUGGGUCCAGACACGAAUCCAACAGAUCGAGCAGUACCAUGAGCUCCAUCUGGCAGUAGAGGCAGCUCAGGUGGUCAUGAUGGUCAAACAAACACUCGGACUACAAGGAGACUUUCAAGUUUUGGAGAAGUUGCUUGUUACUACACACUUGGAUUUUAAACAGGAGCGUCUUGACAGCAUAGACAAUGAGUUGAUGCAGGCAAAAACUGUGCUUGUGGACAUCACAGAGUCCCGUAGACUGUGCCUUAAAGAGCUUGGCCUCAGAAAGAAUUUUGUUAUUUGGGUUAAAGAGGCUCUUGAAGACAUAAAUGAGUUGAAAGUCUUUGUGGAUUUGGCUUCCAUCUCUGCCGGAGAGAAUGAUUUGGAUGUGGAUCGUGUGGCCUGUUUUCAUGAUGCAGUUCGGGGCUACUCCUCAAUGCUCUAUGAUUUGAAGCCAGAUGCUGGCUUCAAGCACUUUAAAGAAAUGCUGAAGAAACUAUGGAAGGCACUUAACAAUGAUCCCAACCUCCCAAAGAAAUUGUGUGACUCUGCAAGACACAUAGAAUGGUUGAAAACAGUCAAGGAGAGUCAUGGGUCAGUGGAGCUGUCAUCUCUAUCUCUGGCAUCGGCUAUCAACACAAAAGGCAUCUACAUUAUCAGUGCACAAAAUCAAAAGAAGUUGUGCUUAGAAGAUAUUCUGAAGCUACAUAUUAUGGAAGAGCAUGAUGAGGGCUGUGAGAGGCGUAUCUAUUCUCUGGAAGACCUCAGAGAUCUUCAGAAUAAAUUGAUGCUAAUGUCUGGCAAAGGAGAUCAGGGGCAGUGUGAAGUCGAUCAGUUUUCAGAGGUCUUUGCCAGUGUACAGAGGUUGGGCUCUGUAUUCAUUGAUUUGUUUGUCGCUGGAAAUCCAUUGUUCAGACACUGGGAGGCAAACAUCAACUGUAAUAGUAAAGAAGCAUGCAUCAUUAUGGACUUCAAUUUAGGGAAUGUUGUCAAUGUCAUCAUGGUGGAAGGUGAUGUCACAGAACAGUUACCGGAAGUCUGUAAGAAAAUGGAGAGCUGCCUAUGCUUCUGGAAAGAUUUUAUGGACAAACAGAGAUCUCAGCAUUAUUUCCUAAACUAUUACACUGCAGAACAGAUAGUCUACCUGUGCCAUCAGCUCGCCCAGAGCAAUGUGGCUACAAUGGAAGAUCAAGUUCUUAUGAUGCUCUCCUUUAUCAAACCUAAUUGUACCACUUCAGGUUUGAGACAGGCUUGGCACAGGCUUCAGUAUGAAGUAAUUAAGAAGGGUCCUGAGCAAAAUUAUGACUUAGACUUUCAAACUUUCAUGGAAGUAUCCAGUAUGAUGGAGAAUGUGAGUAUUGAGAAGCCAUGCCUAUUGUUUGAUGACUUGACAAGCCAGUUGGGGGAUGCUAUUGGGUCAAAAAAGCUAGAUGUGAUUUGGAAUGCUUACAUGCGGAACAUGAACAAUUUUCUGCCAGACUCCCUUGAUGUCAGAAAUCUUGGAUAUCUACUUAAAAUUUUGGCCAACAGCCCCAGCGAACACAAGAGUGAUUCCUCACAGGAUGAGAGAACACAGUACAUUCAAAGAGAACUUCCAAAUGGAAUGGCUACUGGAAGACCAAAUCUAAUCAUCUGCCCUCCUGAAGAAAUUCUGAUAGCUUGCAUUUCAAUUUAUAUGAGCAGCAAGAAUGAGCCUCUACCAACCUAUGAUGAAGUACUCCUCUGUAGUGCUUCCACUCCAUAUGAAGAAGUGGAACUUUUCCUCAGGCGCUGUCUCUUUGCUGGCUACAGGGGAAAGAAGAUAUACACAAUGCUCUAUGUGGACCAACUUACCUAUGAAGUCAGCUACAAAGUAGAGCAAUUUUUUCAGCAUCAAAAUGCACGGAGCAGAAAAGAUUACAGGCUUGUGUUGGUCUGCAGCUCUAACAGAGAAAAUGCAUACCUUCCUUCAGCUUUUAGUCAAUUUAGAUUGCACUUAAUUCCCCAAGAACCAAUAGUCAGUAUUCAGCGAUACCUUGUUAGGCAUUUUACAGUACCAGCUGAUAUAUCCAGUGCUGCUGCUGUGUUCAAAGACAGACAGUGUGUGGGAAUCGUAUCUUCAGAAAGAUCAGGAGUUGGAAAAUCACUAUACAUUAAACGAAUGUAUGAGAAAUUGAAGAAGAUCACAAAGAAGCCUUCACAGCUGAAGUGCAUCAGAUUAAUUGAGCCAAGAGUUGAUGAAAAUGUCAUCCUUCAGUCCUUGCUCAACAGCCCCAAGAAAAAGCUUUCAGUCUAUCAUUUAGAUGUCACCACCAUGGUAAAGAAAGGACUUCAUGAAUUUCUGUUCAGGCUGCUGAUCCUUGGAUACCUUAUGGACUCAGAAGGAAACAUGUGGAAAAGCAGUAAUAAGCACUUGUAUGUCAUCGAGAUACUAAGACCUAGGACAUCCCAAAAUGAUCGAAGAGCUGGUGCAAAAGUUCCAUCUGCCUUCUUGGAUGUGUUUCCAAGUGUCUACUGCCGUCCACCCAAAGAGGUCCUUGAGUUAGAAAUGAGAAUGCAGGAAGAUCCAUCAUUAGAACAGGGUGAUGAUCCUCUAAUGGAUGACCAAGAGUUCCAGAGUGAGGCCUACCAACGGCCUUAUCAGUACCUGCAUCGUUUCUACAAUGGUGUCAAUUUGGAUGCUUUCGUGUACCAAGGAAUUGAGGGAACUCAUGUUGAAUGCCUGCAGAUGUUGUUUGUGUACUGUGGCAUUGUAGACCCCUCUUGGGCAGAGUUGCGGAAUUUCGCUUGGUUCCUGAACUUACAGCUUUGGGAUUGUGAAAGAUCGGUCUUCUGUGAUUUUUCAUUCAUAGGGGACACUCUGUUGGGAUUCAAAAAUGUUGUUGUUGAUUUCAUGAUUGUCAUGGCAAAGGAUUUCGCCACUCCUUCACUUAGCAUCUCUGACCAGAGUCCUGGGAGACUGCACAAUGACCUUUCUUCUGCCAACGAAGAGGAUCUGGCUCCCUUUAGGAUAAGAAAACGAUGGGAGUCAGAACCACAUCCAUAUAUUUUCUUCAAUGAUGACCAUGAGUCCAUGACAUUCAUUGGCUUUCAUCUUCAGCCAAAUGCACAGAAUGGGAUUGAUGCGAUUGAUCCAUCAACAAACAGAGUGAUCAAGCAGAACAUCAUGACCAGAGAGCUCUAUGAGGGCCUCAAACUACAGAGAGUUCCUUUUAAUAUUGAUUUUGACCAGCUCCCAAGAUGGGAGAAAAUUGAGAGACUUUCCAGGGUGUUGGGAAUACAGUGGCCUCUUGACCCAGAUGAAACAUAUGAGCUCACCACAGAUAACAUGUUGAAAAUGUUGGCAAUUCACAUGCGCUUCCGCUGUGGGAUUCCUGUAAUAAUCAUGGGUGAGACAGGAUGUGGGAAAACCAGGCUAAUCAAAUUCCUUUGUGAGAUGCACAGAAGUGGAGUUUACACUGACAACAUGAAACUAGUCAAGGUUCAUGGAGGGACAAGCUCAGACAUGAUUUACACCAAAGUGAGAGAAGCAGAGGCCAUGGCAUUAAGAAACAAGCUGGAUUAUGGGUUUGACACUGUGUUGUUUUUUGAUGAAGCAAACACAACGGAGGCCAUUAACAGCAUUAAGGAAAUCCUUUGCGACAACACUGCUGAGGGGCAGGAUUUGACAGGUGACACUGGCUUGCAAAUCAUUGCCGCUUGCAACCCAUACAGGAAACACACAGAUGUAAUGAUCAAGAGAUUGGAGUCAGCUGGUUUGGGAUACAGAGUUCGUGCUGAGGAAACAGAUCAAAAACUUGGAUCCAUUCCACUUCGCCAGCUAGUGUACAGAGUGCAGGCCUUACCACCUAGUAUGAUUCCACUAGUUUGGGACUUUGGACAGCUCAAUGACCAUACUGAAAAAAUGUACAUCAAGCAAAUAGUCGAAAGGGUAGCUGAAACCCAUUCCAUUGAUUCAGACUACAUCACAACCAUUACAAAUGUUCUGUCAGCCUCACAGAAGUAUAUGCGAACAAGACAGGAUGAAUGUAGUUUUGUGAGUCUGAGGGAUGUAGAGCGCUGCAUGCAAGUUUUUGGCUGGUUCUACAAAAAUCACCCAAUAUUACUCUCAGAGCUUGACCAGUUUGAGAGUAAUCAGAGGGCAGAGAAAAACGAUCAACAUCAGAGGGAUACUGAUGAAAGAAACCCAAUUCUUUGGUCAUUAAUUAUGUCUGUUGGUGUAUGUUACCAUGCUUGCUUGGAGGAAAAAGAGAAAUACAGAAAAAAAAUGUGCAGGUACCUUCCAGAGACCUACACCCCAAUGAAAGUGAUGCAAGAAAUCUCAGUUAUUCAGGAUCUUUUUCUGAGUGGUGUUCCACUGGGUGAAAACAUUGCCCGAAACAAUGCCUUGAAGGAAAAUGUCUUCAUGAUGGUGAUUUGCAUUGAAUUACGAAUACCUCUCUUUUUGGUUGGAAAACCUGGAAGCUCCAAGUCCUUGUCUAAAACUCUGGUUGCAGAUGGCAUGCAAGGCCAAGCAGCCCAUUCUGAUCUGUUUAGAAAACUAAAGCAGAUUCAUCUUGUUUCCUUCCAGUGCAGUCCUCAUUCAACACCAGAUGGUAUCAUCAAUACAUUCAAGCAAUGUGCCCGUUUUCAGGAAGGCAAGAAUCUAUCAGAGUAUGUCUCAGUGGUAGUUCUAGAUGAGAUAGGCUUGGCUGAGGAUUCCCAGAAAAUGCCUCUGAAAACUUUACAUCCUUUGCUGGAAGAGGGAUGCAUAGAUGAUCAGCCGGUACCACACAAGAAGGUGGGAUUCAUCGGUAUCUCGAACUGGGCUUUGGACCCAGCCAAAAUGAAUAGAGGGAUAUUUGUUUCACGUGGUGAUCCUGAUGAAAAGGAGUUGAUUGAGAGUGCAAAAGGAAUAUGUUCCUCGGAUGCCAUGAUCCUUGAAAGGGUGAGAGAUUACUUUCAGCCAUUCGCCUGUGCUUACCUGAACAUCUGUAAGAAACAGGGAAAAGGGUUUUUUGGCCUGCGAGACUAUUACAGCUUGAUAAAGAUGAUGUUUGCCGUUGCCAAAGCGAAUGAUCAGAAACCUAGUGCAGAGCAGAUUGUGAAGGCUGUGCUGAGGAACUUCAGUGGCAAAGAUAAUGUUGAUGCGGUCACAGUUUUCACCAACAGACUAAAUAUCAAACCCAAGCUUGAGACUAUCAGUGCCAUUGAGCUUGUAAGAGAGAACAUCACAGCCAUUGGACAAGAUGAGGAAUGCAGAUACCUUCUGGUUCUUACCAAAAACUAUGCAGCCCUUCAAAUUCUUCAGCAAACAUUUUUUUCAGACCAGUACCAACCAGAGAUUAUCUUUGGUUCAAGCUUUCCGAAAGAUCAGGAGUAUACUCAGAUAUGCCGCAACAUUAACCGUGUCAAGAUCUGUAUGGAAACUGGUCAAACCGUUGUGCUUUUGAACUUGCAGAACUUGUAUGAAAGCUUGUAUGAUGCCCUCAACCAGUAUUACGUUAGCCUGGGAGGUCAGAAAUAUGUGGAUUUGGGUCUUGGAACCCACAGAGUCAAAUGCAGAGUGCACAGAGAUUUCAGGCUCAUUGUCAUUGAAGAGAAGGACAUUGUGUACAAGCAGUUUCCCAUUCCAUUGAUCAACAGAUUGGAGAAACAUUAUCUUGACCUCAAUACUGUACUAAAGAGUGAGCAAAAUGACCUUGUUGAGAAGCUUGAACAGUGGGUUCAAUGCUUCAUUUCUGUUAGAGGCAAGCAUUCAAUUGCUCCCCAAGCACGCCAUUACCUUCCAGCUGAUGCUUUCAUUGGCUACCACUCGGACACUUGUGCAUCUGUUGUACUGCAAGUUACAGAGCAACUCAAAGGGCAGGAGCUCUCAGAUCCUAGAAAAGUGAUCUUAGAUGAGGCUAAAUUGAUCCUUUUAAACUGUGCAACACCAGAUGCUGUGGUUCGGCUGGACUGCACUUCGCUCUCCAAUGUAGAAAGUGAGCACUUGUCAAGGGUAUACUUUGAAGAUCAGAAGCACAGUUCCCUUGCUGACUUCAUCCUUUCUCACACACAGCAAGCAGGGCCUAGCCAUGCCUUUUUCACAGAGGUGACUACAUUCUCAAGGCUUCUGACCUCUGCAGAAACUGAACAGCUACAGAACGUAGUUCAAAACAUAGAGCUCCUCUCACUUCAGCAAUUUGACACGGAACACUCAUUCCUCAAGAAAAUCAAGAACUAUUUGGAAAACACUACUGGGGACAAGAUACUUAUCAUCCAAACCGAUUUUGAUGAAGGCUCCCAAAGGUUAAAUGUCAUUGCUUCUGCAAAGUAUUCUUCUAUCAAUGAAAUCAACAAAUUCAGAAAAGAGGACAAUCAAAAGGUUUUUGUGUACUUCAUCACUAAACUACCCAGAAUGGACGGUGGAACUUCCUACAUUGGGUUUAAUGGCGGGCCAUGGAAAUCAGUCCACAUUGAUGACCUCAGAAGAUCAAAAGAUAUUGUCUCUGAUAUAAAAGCCUUGCAAUGUCUGACCAUUAGCCAGUUGUUUAAAGAGGAAGCAGAUGAGCCUGAAGCUAUGGAGGUUGAGGAGAUGUACAUGGAAGAAGAAGAAAAGAUGGAGCUAGAAGACAAUACUGGCUGGAAGUAUGUUUUGGACACCACAGCACUAGUGCGAAGCUGUGUUCAGAGUGCAGUUGGCAUGCUAAGAGAUCAGACAGAGGCAAGCACCCGUAGCACCAAGAGAGUAGAGAUUCUGCUAAUGCUCUUGGCUGACAACCAGACUCUACACGCUGAAUUUCUAAAAACUUUAAAGAAGCGACUUCAUUUUCUGUUGAUGACUCAUGAAGAAAACACAAUCUCUGCCAAGAGCUGGGUCUCAAAGGAAGCACUAAAUACUGAUGCGUUGCAAGAAGGUGGGACUUUUAGACAUGCCCUGUGGAGGCGAGUUCAAGCAGUAGUAACUCCCUUCUUGGCGCAACUUGUUUCAAUUAUUGACCGUGACUGCAAUCUAGACCUCUUGCUGGAUAGAAACUCUGAAGAAUCUUUGAAGAAACUGUGGUUGGACGUUUUUGGAGAUUUCAAGUUACUAAAUGUUCCUUACACAAGAGUGAAAAGCAAUUCAGAGAUGAAGACAAUCUUGGUUCAGAACUACAUUGCAAUUGACAGGAGCAUGGGUUGCACCUUGCCUUUCAGCUGGAGGAUUAAAGAUUAUCUUGAGGAACUCUGGGUGCAUGCUUUGCAGCGAGAAGGACACACUAUAAAGCAAUUUGAAGAGAUCUUUUGGAAGACGCCCUUGGGCAGGUACAUCUCUGAAGCAACUCAAGAGAUGCAGAUGGAGUUUUUCCACAGGUAUCUCCAAGAUUUCAUCUCCAUAACCAUGAAUGUAACAUCAGAGGUGGAUCUCAAGCUCUUACGGGGAGCCCUUACUUGUGGUGUACAUGAGCUUAGAGGCAGUCAGGAAGCACAUGAGAGUGAAGUCAUUUCUCUGGCAUGGGUUCAUGCUGCCUACCACCAUUUCAAGAACAGAAUACAGAACCUCUACAGGAUGAUCAGUAUAGAGCCUCAGAUUGCUCAGAUGCUAAUUGAUAACAGAUAUGCCAGAGAGGGCAUAGAAUUGGUGUUAGAUAUGUAUGCUGCUGUGGCCUGUAUUGAAUAUCUGGAGCCCCAGACUCUAGAUGGAGAUGUUCAGAGUCUGGCCUGGCUUAGACGUGUAAAAAAACUACAGGUGCCAAUUGAGCUGGUCUGCUGUGAGGAGAGCCUACGCCACUAUGGAGAGAAAAGAAAACAGAUGGUCACCCACAUCCAACAUGGCUGGCGUCGCAUUUGUUCUCUGGCCUUGUUUGUCGAGCACAUGCUGCUGGGUGUUGGAGAUGUGAGGUUGAAACUCAGGCCACUAGUUGUGGAACACACUCGACGUCUAGCACAAGUCUUAGAGCAGGACUCAAACCUCAAAAAGAGGCAUCCGUUUGAGGCAGUGAUCACCAUACUCAAAGCCUGCAAAGAUGGAGCAUCUCAAAGCAUUUUCAGGUUUGGCAUUCAACUUUGUCCAGUGUGCAUGGGAGACCCUCAGGACCCUUUGAGUCUGCCCUGUGACCAUAUCUACUGCCUAACCUGUAUCAAACAGUGGCUGGUGCCUGGCCAGAUGCACUGCCCUCUGUGUGUACAGGAAGUGCCUGAUGGCUUUGAUCUCAAGGCCUCUGAUGAAAUACGGGAUCUCAUUAGUCAAAAUGCGUUGUUCAGAAUACGAUGCAAUGCUUUCUUCAUUGAUCUGGUCACCACUGUGUGCUUCAAGGACAACACUCCUCCCAGCAGAGACAUCAUCCUCCACCUGUUGUCCCUCCUGAUGGUAGAGUCCUGCUCACUCCCUCAGAUCAGAGGGCGAGACCGGAGGUUCUUGACUAAGGCUCUUUCUCCCUUUGAUGACUCUGUCGAUAAAAAUCCAGUGGUGCGUUCAGUGGUGCUAAAACUCCUGCUCAAGUACAGCUUUGAUGAUGUCAAGAACUAUCUUCAGCAACAUCUGACAGAAGUUGAGCAAAGCAACAUCAUUGAGGAGACUGAUAAAACCGAGCUUUAUUCCUUGUACAUAAACUGUUUAGAGGACUCAAUGUAUGAUCGAACACAGUGGCAUUCUGUGGCGGAGCAGCAGGCCUGUUUACAGGAGGAAACUCAUUUUCUACUGGAGUUCCUUCACUCUGAUGCUGUGUCUACACACACUGCAUCUAUAGAGCACCUGCAGCGCAUGGCCAGAGUUCGACUGUGCCUGGAUAUGGCUGCUGGCCUGCUAAUGAAUAGAUUGACAAGUGCUGGUGUACACGAUGAUCCUUCAGCUUUUAUCCCAGCGUUUUUGGACAGUGUGGUUGAUCUAUGCUGCCAGAGCAGGAAUGACUGGUACAGGAUUUACCUCAUCCGAAAGAUCUGCAGUCUUCAUGGGGUUGAAUAUGUCCAGAAACUUCUGCCACAGGAAGGGUUCAAGUGGCUGUUUCCUCAGGAGAUUCUUGAGUCGAAUCAAGAUGACAGUCAAAUUGACCAGUAUCUAGCAUGUGGAAUGGACUACAAAACUAUUCGAGAUGCAGUAGCCAAAGGCAUACUAGAUUGCAACAUGAACGGAAUACAGAAAGCUAUUAAGGAUUGCAACUGCACACCCAUGAAGAAAGCUGUUUAUCUGCUACUGGCUUUGUUCAGAGAAGUCACCUCCCUGUACAGAAGUGGAAACCCCAACAUGCACCCUAAAGCUGAGCAAUGUGCUGGCCUUGAAGAUUUUAUCAGAAGCUCAGAUGUCUUCAUCAAUAAUGAAAUGAGAGCAUUUGCUCAAGCGCUGGUGAAAAAUAAUCUGCGUGCUCUGCAUGUACAACCACAGACGUCAGGCAGAGAAUUUAUGCUGUUAGAGGUCACAGUUCACAUGGCUGCAGUCCUGCUGUGUGGAAAUCUGCUUUUACUUCAGCCACUGCAGCGGCUGGCACUGUCCCCAAACAACAUGAUGGCUUCUUUCAUCCCAACUAUGCCUGAUGACAUGUUGGCAAUUGCCCAGCAGGCCAUGGGACAACUUCAGUGGUAUUUCUGCCCUAAUGGUCAUCCAUGCACUGUUGGUGAGUGUGGUCGACCCAUGGAGGUUGGUCGGUGUCCGGACUGUAAUGCACCAAUAGGUGGCACCAACCACAAUCCUGUUCAAGGCUUCCAAGCCAUGCAGAUACAAGGGGACCGUACUCAGUCGGGACACAUUCUGGGUGAUGCACAGCGGCGUGACCAACCUGACAUGCAGGACACUAAGAAUAUGUCACCUGCCCCCUUCGCUCUUCUCAGACUGCUCACACACGUGUCCAUGCUGCUGGGAGGUCAAAACAAUCCACAGAGUGUCAGGCAGAUCAUCAAGCCUGCUGUGCUGGAUCCUGGUCCAUUCCUGAUGGCCCAUCUUUUGAAAGACAUGGAGCAGCUGAGCAGAGCUCUAGACAAAGGGCUGGAUGAUACAGUCGGUACAAUCCAUUUGACCAUCCACAGUCUACUGGAUCCCCAUCAGUCCAGCCAGUGGCCUGUUCCUUAUGACCCAAACCUUUUCACUAAAGAUGCAAGAAAUGGAUGGGAAAAUGCCAUGAAUACUGACGUUAUCACACAUCAGCUGAAGGUUUUGGAGCUUCAGCUAAAGGAAGUGAAUGCCUUCAUCAGGAAAGAUGAGCGAGUGUCUUCUAAUCCAGUGAUGAAGUUGACAUUUGGGGAACCAGGGCUGUUCCUGCGCUCUCUGCCCCAGAACUCCCUCAUCCAUAAUUCAUCCAUCUGGAGCUGCAGGAGGAAGGUCUCAAUGUUGAGUCUGACCCACAUUGUGGAGCAAAACAGUGGCCGGGACACCUUGCCAGUGCUCUGGAAGUUCCUUCAGAGGGAAGCAGAGCUACGGAUGGUACGGUUCCUUCCGGACAUCUUGGUUCUCCAGAGGGAUUUGGUAAAGAUGUUCCAUAACAUGACAGAGCUUAACCACAACACCAUUGGCGAGUUCCUACAAAAUCAGAAAGCAGCUUCACUCACUGCUUGGUAUGAAAAGCGCAUAAACAUUUUUAUAUCAACUUGGAACCAAAUCAGGGUAUCUCUGGCUACCACAGGAGAGAUAAAGCUGCCGGACGAUUACACCCGGGAGGAACUGGGUCUGGACGCAGACCUGCAGGUUCUGCUGCCGCAAAGAAGCGGCCUGGGCCUGUGCUCCACUGCCCUCGUCAGCUACCUCAUCACCCUACACAACGACCUUAUCUACACUGUUGAAAGAUACACUGGAGAGGAGUCUGGUUACACGGUAAGCCCAGCUGACCUGACAGAGCUGCACGUGAUCCGUUAUGAGUAUGAGCGGGAUCUUCUGCCUCUGGUGCUGUCCAACUGCCAAUAUAGGAUGGAGCGUGGGCAGGAAACCCUGGAGGACUACGACCUACCCAAGAUUCAGCAGCAGAUCCUCACCCGUUUUCUACAGGGCAAACCACACAUCACCCUUAAUGGUAUUCCGACACUGGUGAACAGACAAGACAGAAAUUAUGAGAUCAUAUUUAAAGAUGUUAAGGGCAAAGUUCAACAAGAGUUGUUGCAGCCUCUGACACAGUACGACCUUGUGAAGGAGCUGCAGUCCUACAGUGACGUGUGUGAGGCCCUGUCCACAGUUGAACUGGCCAUGGGUUUCCUCGCCAUGACGGGGGGAGAGCCACACAUGCAGCUGGCCACUUAUUUGAAGGAGGUGCUGCAGAUGACUGACCACAUGGCCCCACAUGUCUUCAAGGCAUUAAGUAGGUGCAGCCUGAAACACUGUGUGGUGUUGUGGCAGCUGCUCAGCUCUCUGAAAUCAGAGACAAUGCUACGUCUGAAGAGGGACCCGUUUGUGGGCAUCAGCAAAGAGUACAAACAUCCUUUGCUGGAAGAACACAAGAUACUGCUCACUAGUUUUUUCACAAAGUCCAGCGCUGAUGCCUUCCUGUUGGAGAUGCAUGAGUUUCUGCUUUUGGUCCUGAAGAACCCAAAAGCCAUGGACACCUUUAGGCCUGACUGGGGUCUUAAAGACACUGUUGUGUCCUACAUGGAGCGUAAAGAUCUGGGCAUUCCUCUUGAGGUGGAUGAGUUCUUCCCUGAAGAGAUCCUGCUCUCACAAUACACCGACACAUGGAAGUUCUCUGUUCUUCUCAGACAAGAAAGAAACCAAAGAUAGAUUCUGGAUGAAGUACUUCUGUUGUCUUACCCAGUCACUCUCAUAUCAGGGAAAACUUUGAUUUGAUUUACAAAUGACAUCAGUACAGACAUUUAAAAAUAGUGCCUUUUGUGCACCUGAGGAACAGUAUGCAGCACAGUAUGCUGCUGCAUAUUUGCUUCUUUAUAUACAGCACUUUAUACUGUAAUAUUGCUUGAAUGGUUUUGGGACCGUAAUAUUGUACAAUCUGUCAAAGUAAUCUCUCGGAUAGUUAGCAAGUACAAUACAACUUAUUAUAAAGUAUAAAAAGUUCAAAACAAUAAAAUACUUUUCUGUAAUUUUUUUGUUUUGUUUUUGAAGUUGCUAACAGUUGUUUAACUAUUCCUUCUUUAUUUGUUUACUUGUUACUUUAAGAUACAUGCACUCAUUUGAACUGUUGUGAACUGUUGAUUGUUGAAAUAUGCACUCCACAUCAUGAGCCCAGACCUGGGGCCCGUUCUCCGUACCUCGCUUAAUACAUCUGAAAUGAUUUGAAAGAUACCAGAUCUUCUAAUCGUGAUAACUGAUCUCUGGCUAAUUUGGUUCUUCAAACGAAUUCGUGGAUUUUAUUAAAAUAUCUGGAUUAAGUUGUCUACUGCGCGUUCUCGUGUCCCCCGUAAAGGGAUGUAUCAAUACUCGAAACCACGAUCAGCAAUGCAGCGAUUGGCUGGUGGCAAGACAGCAACGUAAUGACAUCAUAUAAUCAAAAAAAGCGAAAUUUCUGGACCUUAAAUGUGCAUAUGUUAUUUUAUUCUUUUAUUUUUAAUGUGAUUCCCAAUUUUUAUGUUCACGAUUUCUAGUAUUUGAACACAGGCUUUACAUUUUUAUUUCAAUGAUGCAAUUAGCAAUUAAUGUAAUUUUAUCUUUGAAGCAGAUU